AUGGCGUCGGCAGAUCUCGAUGACCCUCCCUUCGCCAGCUUCCGGAGACCCGGCACUUCGCAAAACACCCCCAACCCAUAUCGACCGUACUAUAUCCCUCCAUCCAUAGGCCUUCCUCCUGAUGCGGCAUCGCAUGGUCCAAAUGGAACAGCGUCCGGUCGCCCGUUUAGCAAGAUGGGGAAACUGAAUACAGCUCGCAGUCUGUUGUCCGAUCUCGACUAUGGCGACUACCUUCCGGAGGGUUCCCCGUCGCUGGCGGAGAUGGCGAAGAGGUUCAUGGACCAAGCAGUAUGGAACUACACGUCGGUGCUAAUGGCACAACCGUUUGAGGUCGCAAAGACGGUGCUACAGGUGCAUCUGGCCGGAAGUGCAGAUGAAGAAAGUAUGGCGAGGAUGGGAACACCCGGAUCACGACAUGUCCCGAGUUAUAAUGGUCGAUAUCAAGAUUUUAUUCCUUCCGACGACGAUGAUUCUGACAAUGACUCGCCAUCUUACUUCACCUCCACUACCCCGGAGUCAUCUCGUGCCUACUCUCGACCCGACAUGGCCAACUCGAGGUCAAAUUCAAACAUGCAUGGACGACGACCCUCUCAGCCGUCCACCCCCUCAAGGAGUUCCCAAUUCCCUGGUACCAGUGGAUCACGGGCUCCAUCGCAAUCUUCGCGGCUUCAACUGAGUCGUCCGGAUGCUCUCAUACCAGUGUUGACCCAGCUAUGGGGGAAAGAGAGCGCCUGGGGCUUGUGGAAAGCGACAAACACCGCGUUCGUCUACAAUAUUCUGCUCAAGACGAUUGAAUCAUGGACACGAUCAUUUCUCAGCGCACUGUUUAACAUCUCCGACCCUGGGACGGCGAUCGGUGUAGGAGCCAUCGGUGAGGCCGGUAUCAGGAUAGCGCACAGUGCACAUCCGUGGCUGAGCCUAGGCGUGGCCGUCGCUGCUGCAGGCGUCGCUGGUGUUAUCCUCAGUCCACUCGAUAUCAUUCGGAGCAGGCGAGUACACCCACUUAUUGGCCUUGUAUCACUCAUCCUUACACCUCAUACAUCCCCUCCGCGAAACCUUCUCCCUUCGUUAGCAUCCCUUCCUACAUUCGUUGUCCCGACGGCCAUCCUACCGAUCACAUUUCUCCACUCCGCCAUCCCUCCGCUCCUUACCGCCUCGUCGCCCAUGGUGCUUCGAAGCACAUUAUCCAUCGACCCCGUCCUCUCUCCCACGUCCUUUUCAGUCGCCACGUUCGUCACGCAAGUUGCGGAGUUGUUCAUCCGUCUACCGCUCGAAACCGUGCUUCGGCGCGGCCAUGCCCAUGUCCUGAAGGACUGGUCUCUGCUCCGAUCGCCGGCUUCCGAUGAUCGAUACAAGUCCUUCCGAAAAGAACAAAGCGGUCGCCCGUCGAAGGAAGAGAAGCUCGACCUCAUCAUUACGCCAGGCCCGUACCGAGGCGUGCUGGGAACAAUGUGGUAUAUCGCCCGGGAAGAAGGGGUGAGGAUCAAGGUGGCGUCGCCCAGCGUCGCCAAGAAAGGUCCACCGGGAAAGCCGCUAAGAGAGCCGAAGAAGUCCAAGGGCCAAGGUAUGUCUGGCCUUUGGAGGGGAUGGCGGGCAGGAUUUUGGGGGCUUGUAGGUGUUUGGGGAGCAGCCGCCUUGGGAGGCGGAGGAGGAGAGUUCUAA